AUGGCGGCAACUGAAUCUAACCCGCUUCUUCUCCAAGCGUAUAGUCGCAAGUUCAUCCACGGUUGUCAUAUUUUACAUCAUAGUCGGGUCUUGGACGCCUUCGGCCAUCUUUCAUUCCGCCAUCCUGGCCAGCAUGACGUCUUUAUAAUGUCUCUCUCUGCCGCUCCAGGGACUAUAUCUUCGCCUAAAGACUUGAUCGCUUACAGAGUCAGCGACGCUGAGCCUUUGGAUUCCACGCCGUACAAGGGCUAUGAGGAAAGGCGAAUCCAUUCCGAGAUCUACAAAUUACACAAGGAUGUCAAUGCCAUUGUCCACAGCCACUCGGAAGCAGUAGUCCCCUAUACCAUCAGCAAUGCGCCACUGAGGGCUUGCUACCACAUGGCAGGGUUCUUGGGUGUCAAGGGGGCCGCAGUCUUCGACAUCGCCGAGCACAGAGACCCGGCUCUCGGGGCUGACAUGCUAGUCCGAACCGAAAAGACUGGAUCUGCCCUGGCUAGGACCUUUGAUGAGACGAACCGUGUCACACUCAUGCGGGGCCACGGGUUCACCUUGGUUGCGGACAGCAUUGAAGUGGCCGUUAUGUGGGCGAUAUACACACAGAAGAACGCUCUGAUUCAAACCACUGCUACAACGCUUCAAUCUCUGUACGGCACUGGUGGAUCUGUGAGCGACUUGCAUCUUCUAAAUAAUGAGGAGGCUACACUCGCGGAAGAUAUGACGAAGAGGACGGUUCAGAGACCAUGGCAAUUAUGGGUACGGGAAGUUGAGGUGUGCGGGCUUUAUGUCAAUACUGCGUAG